AUGAGUGAAAGACAGGGAGCGAGACACACAGACCAAAGAGAGGGCUCUUUGCUGUCAGAUGACUUCCUGGAUACACCAGAUGACCUGGACAUCAACGUUGAUGACAUUGAUACACCUGAUGAGACCGACUCGCUGGAGUUCAUCACUAAUGGCAACGAGCUGGAGUGGGAAGAUGACACGCCGGUGGCCUCGGCCAAAGCAGGUCCUGCUGACGGUUCAGGAGAUGUGGACGAGGAGGGGAAUGCCCACAACGGACGCCUCUGGAGGACGGUGAUCAUCGGAGAACAGGAGCAUCGUAUUGACAUGCAGGUCAUUCGACCCUACCUUCGAGUCAUCACACACGGAGGUUAUUAUGGCGAGGGCCUUAACGCCAUCAUUGUUUUCUCUGCUUGUUACCUGCCUGACAGCAGCUGUCCAGACUAUCACUACAUCAUGGAGAACUUAUUCCUGUUUGUGGUGAGCAGUCUGGAGAUGCUAGUGGCUGAAGAUUACUUGAUCAUCUACAUGAACGGAGCCACUCCUCGGAAUAAAAUGCCUGGGAUCAGCUGGCUCAAGAAAUGUUACCAAAUGAUUGACAGAAGAUUGAGGAAGAACCUGAAGUCUUUGGUCAUCGCUCAUCCCACAUGGUUCAUACGCACCGUCCUGGCAAUAUCCAGGCCCUUUAUCAGUGUGAAGUUCAUGAAUAAGAUCCAGUAUGUCCACAGUCUGGAUGAACUAGCAGAGAUUGUCCCCAUGGAGCACGUCCAUGUCCCAGAGUGUGUGGUGCAAUUUGAUGAGGAGAGGAUUAAAGCACGGAGGGAAAGGAUGGAGCAGGAGCACAAACAACAGGAGCAGCAGUCAAUCCCACAGGAGCCAAUUAAAAAGUCUGAGAGGCCGAAGUCGAUGAUUGUUAAUCAAGGCUUAUGAGAAGGGCACAGCUUCGCGGGUGAAGUGUGUGACAGACAGACUCAUGGAGCAUGACAUUUUCUGAAUGAUUCCCGUAUGAAGCAGUGAGCCAAAAUGCACAACAAAUGCUUCCUUGUAUUUUACCAACGUUCAGCUGACAAUUUGUGCAGUCAAGACGGUCAACGCUCCGUCUCAUUAACGCUCUGUGUGGACCCCCUUCUUCUUCUCUGCCGGAGGGUUCCAUAUUGCCACUUGAAAAUGUACGAAGGAAGUCUGUUACAGGAAGUGUUUCACCAUGAAAACUAUAGUUUGGUUUAUCUAUUCAUAAAUACAUCAUCUGCUGUGUGAUCGGACAUGUUGUAUAGCUUACAUUGUAAUAUUGUAAGGUUGUUGAAAACCAGGACACAAUAUAACACAGUAUUGUAACUCCAAUUAUGGAAUCUCAUGUUGUAACUUCAUGUUGUAAAGGAUUACACCUUCAAAUUUUACAAUUUUACUAAUAAUGAAAUAAAUAUACUAAAUUAAAUGGAAAAAGCUGACUUUUACAAAAGAAUCUGAAAAUCUGACAGUUGGAUAACCUAGAAAAGGAAGUUUUUCCUCGCCACUGUCGCACUGUUGCUUGCUCUGGAGGAAACUACUGGAACUGUUGGGUCCUUGUAAAUUCUGGAGUGUGGUCUAGACCUACUCUAUCUGUAAAGUGUCUCGAGAUAACUCUUGCUAUGAAUUGAUACUAUAAAUAAAAUUGAAUUGAAUUGAAUUGAAAUUGAAUAGAGGCAUUUUGCCUGAAACUAGUGAUGUGUACAUAUGUAAUGAGAGAUGUAACAAUUGGCAAGACCAGAGAGGUCUAACAGCUACAUUAGUGAUGUAACAGAUGCUGGUCUUUGGAAAUGUAAUGUGUGUUAGAUGUAAAUAACAAUGCAUCAGAUGCCUUCUUUAUUCUUUAUAAGUUUUGCCUCAUAACUGCUGUAUGAUAACUCCUUUGCUGUACUGACAUUUUGAAAAUGUCAAAUGUAUUAACAUCUGUACUGUACCUUGUGCCUCAGUCUUAUUGUGCUUAGAAAAUACACAAACAUGAUCCAAAUUUUACAUUUUGUGGCCUGAAAAACCCAAAUGAAAGAAAGAAAGAAUUAUACUAUCAAAAAUGUUGCAAAAUACAAUGCUUGUUUAUUUUGUGUAACAUGGUUAUGGUCACAUAAAUAGAUGUCAAACAACAUCAAAGAAAUACUCUUUAUAUUAAUAUUUAGACUGUAUUCCACAUAUUACUGGUACAUUCUAGUAUAUGUCAUGAAAAGGAAAACUUUUGACUCGUUUGUAUAAGAUGAUAGUUAUACUAACACACCAUAUACAAAAUAUCUGCAGAUAAUGUUGUUGGACAAAGUGGCCAUAUUCAAGACAAUAAUACACAAACCUACACAAUUAUUGCAUAUUCAUUUUCAUAAAUUCUGCUUUCGUAUGGGAACAUUGGCUGUCGGCUCAGAUUCUGAAAACAUGUUCUGAUCACAAACCUGAUGAAGUAUGAAGUGGUUCUUAUUUCAGAUUUAUAAAGUUCUAACGCUUAUGUGGAGAUUUAGAAAAGCUAAGUUCAUUUUAGCAGAGUGACAUUCACUUAAGUUUAAACAUUUAUUGAAACAUCUUAAUGCAUUGAAUUGCACGUUUUCUAGGCUUACAUUCAUUUUCUCUCAUGUCUUCCGUCUGUUCCACUUAUUGUAGCAGGAGGACAGAGGAUUGCACUAUUGGAUUUGGUUAUGUUUAAGAGGAGAAACGUUCUACUAAAGUUUAUAUUGUAAUGUUAAAUAGAAUAACUGAUGACAUGCAGUUGUGUAGCUGUUAGCAAAGCAUGGAUAUGUUUAUUCUUUUUUGUACAGAAAACAGGACUCAUGAAAUAUCUGUUUCUAAAGUUCCAUCUCAAUUCUGUUCUUUUGCCUUUCUGAUAAAAGAAUGUUAAAGAAAGUCUAACUUUUCAAUUAUUUUCAGUCAUAUUAGACUGUUUUCACACGAGUAAACCAAACCUGAGCAGUUUCAUCAAAUGAAGCAGCUCAGUAACAGCUCGUCAUUCUUUGUGUUUGAGGUUUGU